CUUCGGUUCUCUGUCCGCUGCUCGGUCUGCCGUCAUAUUGGCUGCUAGCGUAGCGGCUGGAGUGGCCACGGUGGUAAAGAGGAUCUCCACGAUGGUGAAUAACGGGAUUCAAAAAGAUUAACAUUAUAUAAUAGCUUUUUUAAAAAAGUUAUUCGCGAUGAUACCAAGGAUUAUCCGUAUACUUUCAGCGCUUUUGUCUGAGCCCGAGGUCCGCCAGGGAGAUGUGUGCCAGCCUUCUUUUAAUGGCCAUUUUUUGCAGACAAAGAGCUGUUGAAUAGAAAAGACAAAGGUCCCAGAGGCUCCUGUGAAAGGUGGGCAACAUGUGGAGUAACCUGAAGAGCAAAUGCCAAACACUCUUCCACCACAACAAUAACAACAACAGUUCUGGGCCCAGUGACAGCAGUGUUGAGUCAGAUGUCCUCCACUGUGUGGUGGAGGUUGGCCAGGGUGGUGACUCAGGUGAGACCCCGUCAUCUGGAACCUCCACACCUUCAAGAAACCUCUCACCAGUGCCAUUUGUAAGUGCAGGACGCCGUCAUCACAACUGUGUGUCGGAUAUCCCUCAAAUAGUAGAGAUUACAGUGGACAAGGACCCUGACGAUGUGUGGGGAGGCGCAGGCAGUGUUCUCCUUACACGGAGGGACUCUUAUUCUCGCCAUGCUCCAUGGGGUGGCAAGAAAAAACACUCUUGUUCCACCAAAACCCAGAGCUCUUUGGAGGCAGAUAGACGGUCUGGGCGCAUGCGUGGUUGUGGGAACCGAAGGGACAGACGAUAUGGAGUCACCUCCAUCCAAGAGAUGAAUGAUUCUGUGUCUGGAGGACGUAGUCUCAGUGCUCGGUCUUUACGCCAGCGGCUAAGUGACACAGUAGGUCUAUGCUUACCCUUGCCAGCACGCAGACGCUCAAAUUCAUCUAAGACUCCUGUUACCCCCAAACGUAAAAUCCACUUAACAGAGCUCAUGUUAGAGACUUGCCCAUUUCCACCAGGCUCAGACCUUGCACACAAGUGGCACUUGAUCAAACAACACACAGCACCAGUCAGCCCACAUUCCUCCACUGCUCUUUUGGAUGCCUUUGACUCAGCUCAGCCUUCUCCUGAGGAUGAGGAGGAACGUCUGCGUGAGCGCCGCAGGCUUAGCAUUGAGGAGGGUGUGGACCCACCACCGAACGCGCAGAUUCACACUCUAGAAGCCUCAGUGCCAGGUUCCUCUCUCUACAAACUGGGACCAAAGAUGGCUCCUGGCAUGGGAGAGGCCUCUGGGGAGGGCUGGGCCUCAGUCCCCAGCACUUCUGUUGGUGUUGGGUCAUCAGGAGCCUGUGGGAAUGUGCUAGGGACUGCAGUAUCAGCACAGGACUGUGAUUCUGAAGAGGACUCAACCACCCUCUGUCUACAAGCCAGGAGACCAAAGCAGAGGCACGCAUCUGGGGAUGGUCACCAGAGUCGACAGCAACCUGGACCCUGGAAAGUUCAUACGCAGAUUGACUACAUCCACUGUUUGGUGCCGGACCUGUUACAGAUCACAGCUCUGCCCUGCUACUGGGGUGUGAUGGACCGCUAUGAGGCUGAGGCAUUACUAGAUGGACGGCCAGAAGGUACCUUUUUGCUGCGUGACUCAGCCCAAGAGGACUACCUCUUCUCAGUUAGCUUCCGCCGUUACAACCGCUCACUCCACGCCCGCAUUGAGCAAUGGAACCACAACUUCAGCUUUGAUGCUCAUGACCCUUGCGUUUUCCACUCGUCCACGAUCACAGGACUGCUGGAACACUAUAAAGACCCCAGCGCCUGUAUGUUUUUUGAACCGCUGCUUACAUCACCCCUCCAUCGGACCUUCCCCUUUGGCCUGCAACACCUGGCACGAGCCGCCAUUUGUCGCUGGACCACUUAUGAUGGUAUUGGUGCACUGCCCCUGCCCCCUGCCAUGCAAGACUUCCUUAAGGAGUAUCAUUAUAAACAAAAAGUACGAGUUCGCUGGCUGGAGAGGGAACCGCCACCAAAAGUCAAAUAGAUAUGGCGCUCCCAUGAACUCUAGAGGAUACUACAGUAGAACUACAGAACUUGAAAAAUUUCUCAUUAGUUAGUUAGAGGCUAUGAUGACAUGGCUGUCUUUCUGAUAGGGGAUGUAAUUUAAAUGUAACAAGCUAUACAGAAUUCAUUCUAAUCUUUUAGUUAUUACUUACAGGAAA